CUGCGAGGCGGGCCGGCCCCGCGUGCCGCUUCCCGCCCUUCCCCUCAGGGAGCGCUUCCCGCGGGCAGCGCCUGCAGCCACCCGGGUCCGGCGGUUCCACAGCAUGGCCCGGGAAGCGGCGGGGCCGCCGGUGAAAGUCCUGGCCGCUCAGCUGCGGGGAGCGGUGCGGGACGCCGGCGGGACGUGGCAGCUGGGCCGGGCGGAGUCGGGCAGGGACCCCCUGCGGCUGCGGGCCGUGUGGAUGCAGGGUACCGUGCUGGAGGUGGAGCAAGGAGGCCCCUGCGGUGGCUCGGCCCGGCUGCAGGACGGCAGCGGCUGCUUCACCGUGCUGGGGGUGGAGCAGGUACCCAAAGGGCGGCCCUGUUUCAGCGCAGGGAAAUAUGUAAUGGUGAUGGGUGUGGUGCGAUCCUGCAGUCCUGAGCCUAUUCUUCGAGCAAUAAAGAUGACGGAUCUUUCUGAAAACCCCGUGCAUAAGAGUAUGUGGAGCCUUGAAGUGGAGGAUUUGCACAGAGUCAUCCCCUAGAUAACUUUUUUUUCUGCCUAAAAUAACUGGAUACAUACUUGUUUACUUAAAUAACUGUAAGCUGAGUCUUGUAUUUAAAUAGCUCUCUGGUUUCUGUGUUUCUGAAAUGCUGAAAGUGGUACAGCAAUAAGUCGUGUUCUGGUGAAGUGAAAUUAACUGAGAAGGUGACACACAGGAUUCCUUGGAACAGGAUUGCCAGGUUCAAGGUGCAAAGAUUUUACUCCCAUGUGAAAUCAGUUUACUGUGCCUAAGUGCUGUUGGUGGGUUCAGUGCCACACAGGUUUAAGGGUUGGGCUGAAGUGCCUCAUCUCUUGGUUUUCAAUGGGAGGGAGAGAGGCUCACUCUUGCUGCAGGGUGGGACAGCUCUGUGAAGAAUUUGGCACUCUAGGGCUCUACCAGGUAGUGGGAAUUCUCCCUGUUCAAUAUCUGAAUUCAUGUCUCAAGUUCUGCAGUAAAAUGUGGGUUUGCCAGGAUGUUUGUUGCUGUUGUACAUCAGAGCAUGUAACUGAGAAGUUUCAGGGUUAUGGGUGAGUCUGGCCCUUUCUUGUAUAGGGGAAGGUCAAAGCUGGGCUCCCACUGUAAUCAUGUUUAGUAUUUGGACCUUGAAGAGGGUGCACUGUGUUAGCUCUCUCCUAAGUGGAACAAACCUAGAUUUAUCUUGGUUUGAGCUAUCUGGCGAGCUCAGUGGCAAAAACAUGAGGUCCUUUGUAUUUCACUUUCUCAGCUUGUGAUAGAAACUCAAAAACCUCAACUUUGCUAUUAAGUUUUGGAGCAUUAAGGUUCUGCAUGGUAUGCAGAACUGAACUUUGUAGAUCUGGCAUUCCUGUAUUGGACCUAUAUAAAGGACAUGUUUAAGGUGAAUUGUAGGCACUAAUAAUACUUUUGGAAGAAUGACUUGGCUUAACCUCAUGGUGCUCCUGCAAGGACAGAUGGCUCUUGGUGGGUGUUUUCAAACUGCUCUGAUCAGCAUCAGUUACAGGGUCAUGUGGCCUGGUCUCCAGCAACCCAGAAGGUAAAAUCAAGAGUAUUGUGUGAUGUGCAGAUCCUUGAGCUAUUUGAUGGAUUUUAUGCAUUUCCCAUAGGACAAUGUAGUCCAUAUACUGCAUUAUGUUCUGAAGAAGAAACGUCUCAGAGGGCUUCAGUCAAGGUGUGCUAAACUGUGCAGUAUUAUCAGUAAGUUGCAUACUACAGUUUUAGUCCUAAUAAAGCUGAUGUAGUGCAGAGAAAAAUGCCCAUUUUUUAAAAACUGUAGGCUCCAUCUGGGAAGUGUCAAAUCCUGCCAAAUGGGAUCCUUCCUAUGGGAUCACAUCCAUAAGAAAUCACAGACAUAUUUUAGUUGGCUCUAGGGAUGGUUUUGUGCUGAGUCAUCACCUCAAAAGUGUUUCAGCAAGCUUUGAUACUGCCACUGGAGACUUCUGGAAUGUACUCUCUCCCACAUAAACUUCCCUCACUCUACUAGUUAAUGACUUGUUUGCUAAUAUGAGGCAUCUUACCAGGUAGCUUACAUCUUGCAUCCUUUGGCAGGGAGGCAGUGCAUGAUUCUACGUUUUUGAAUUCCCAAGAAACGAGACAUUACCAUGCAGUGAAAAAGGCAUACUUAAAAUAAUUUGGAUGGAUGGUUUCCUUGGUUCAUUAAAGAAUUUAUAAAGGUCAUUUGACCUAUGGCUUCAUUCCUGAAGGCCAAACAAGGCAGUGAAAAAGGAACUGUGGUUGGUUUGUUUAGGUUCCCCCCCCCCCCCCCCCCACCUGCUCCCCCGUAUAAUUUUACUGGUAAUUCUGUCCUGCAUCAGUGAUGCUUUAUCUGUAAAAGUCAAUAUUUUUUUUAGUGGUCCGGAUGUGAUGGUUAUUGUUGAUGAGGUCAUUUGAGUAUCUGGGGCCAACUCUUCCCACCCCAGAGCAGGAGGGGUUAAGGUUUCUUUUAGCUGGCUCCACCUGCUGCUGAGCGACACCGGUAGGAGCAAUCCCUGCCUAUGCUGAUCCAGCUGCUACUGGAUGCUGUGGGCUUCCAGUCUGGUUUGGGGGACCUGAGUUUCUGCCUGUCUGAGACAUAAAACGUGCAUUUGCACAACCUGGUUACAUCUUAGAGACAUCUGCCAGUGUGCUGAGCAUGGUGCUUCUAGUUUAAAAUGUUUAUUGGUGUUUAAAUGGCUUCUUUAGCACCUGCAAGAUGUUACAAGCAGUUUCUAAGAGACCUAAAACCUGCAUUCAUCUUGGUGUUGCCAUGUACAGAUAGCAUAUAGUUAAACUUU